UAGCACAUGAUGGGAAUCAGCCAAUGGCUCCGCUGCUCUCCUCGGGGGCCCCGUGUGUAUGAAUGUAUGUGUGUGUAGCCUAUCUGAAGAAGAAAAAGGGGGAAUCGACGAAAGAAAUGGUCGAGGAAUGCCAGCCUAAUUUACGAGUCCUGAUCAUGGAAUAGGAGCAUAUCCCGUAAGAUUGCACAGGUCUGAGGAUCCGACCCAAAAUCAUCUUGUUUCUUCAUGCGCUACGAAAUCGCCGAUUUAGUGUUGUCGUGAAGACUGGAUUAUGAAUCAUUUUUAAUUAUUUCGCAGAGGGAAGUUUUAAGCGCUAUUAGGUUCGGCAAUCUGAAGCGGUUCAAAGUCCAAAGAAGAAGGAAAGAAAUCCAAACAAAGCGACCGCGCGAGCGCAAGAUUUCCUAUUCGGUGAGCUUCUACAUUAUUUGUUUCUGCCAUUCUUUUACUGACCCAUCUGAAAGCCAAACAACUAGACUGCGACUUUGAAAUGAACCACCUAGUCCUGUUUGUCGAGCUGUAGCCUAAGUAAAUGCUGCAAAGCGACCAAAAGGCUAUGCCCCACCAUUUUAGUUUGGGUUAGCCUACGCGUAAUUUCUGUAACAGAAUCUCCUAUUUGAUACAACAUAACGUUAGCUACUGUUGUAGCUUGCAUUCUGGCUAAUGUUGUGGUUCAGCCACAAACAUACUGCCCCCGGCUGUGCUUCCCCUGCACGGCGUUCAGGCUACAGAAUAUUGAUGUGGCACGACGACCAUAUCACGAUUUCUAAUUGCAAGAGUCGUGAGCAAACAUAAAGGACGCAUAAAAACGAAAGAAGGUGUCGUAUGUUCAGGUCGAAACGCUCAGGUCUUGUACGGCGACUCUGGAGAAGCCGUUUGAUUCCAGACACGGAUGGGGAAGAUGGAAGUUGUAGUAAAAGCAGCGAAGGGGGUUGGGAAGAAUCGUUUGACAACAACCCAGAGAAAAUCCCCAAAACGGAGUAUAUGCCGAUGACAAGGGCUGCUGGGAGAGCGUACAGCAGGAAUCUGGAAGAAGGUAGGGACGCAAGUGUCAUUUUGGACAAUGAUUGUGAGACCAUGUGUGUCCUUGAGCAUGGAUGCCCCAGGUCUGCACAAGGAACCGACGGCAGAGGGGUUACUUGUUGUUUGUAUAAAGAUCUGGACCACAGUCGACCUAGAAGUCCGGUGUCGACAAGGACUAAAGACAUUAUUCCUUGCCAGUUGAUAUGGCGGAACCGUAGUCUACGCGAAUCGGUCGGUCUCGACCGGAGAGACGUAAAAACACGGACAGCAGUAGACCAAGAGCUCAAGCGUGCUACGUACGCCUUUCUCAAGAAGCUGAAUGAAAAGUCGCUGGAUACUUUGCUGGAGGCCGUGGAGUCGCGGGGCGCAAUGCUGAGCCACUGCGUCAUGGCAUCGCAGACCGAGCUGCGGAUCGGCAGCCAGGCGGCUGCUCCCCCUCAGUACCUGCUCUGCAAACUCUACCGCUGGCCAGACCUGCAGCGCACAACCCAGCUCAAGCCACUCUGCCAGUGCCGGAGUUUCUGGGGUCUGGAGAACCAGGCGGUCUGCUGCAACCCCUACCACUACAGCCGCAUGUGUGGACCAGAGUCACCUCCUCCUCCUUACUCCCGCCUCUCCCCCUCAGUCGAAACCAAGCCACUGGAUCAGCCAGAUCCACUUUUGUCCUGCACUGAGAACGAGGCGGGCCACGCAGUGAAACUAAGGCACUGCUCAGACACCACCAGUACGUCCCCGGACCCCCAGAAGCAGAGCCACUGGUGCAACGUGGCCUACUGGGAGCACCGCACGCGGGUGGGCCGCCUCUACGCAGUGUACGAGCACUCCAUCAGCAUCUUCUACGACCUACCUCAGGGCACGGGCUUCUGCCUGGGCCAGCUCUGCCUGGAGCCGCGUGGCACGGGCACGGGCACCAGUGGCGGCGGCGGCGGUGGCAGCACCGUGCAGCGCACGCGCGGCAAGAUCGGCUACGGCAUCCUGCUCAGCAAGGAGCCGGACGGCGUCUGGACCUACAACCGCAGCAGCCACCCCAUCUUCGUCAACUCGCCCACGCUCGACACCCCUGGAGGGGACGGCACAGGUGGCACAGGGACAGGGACAGGUGGCGGUGGCGGAGUGACUAGUUCGACUAACGCCAGGGGACUUGUGGUGCGCAAGGUCAUGCCGGGAUACUCCAUCAAGGUGUUCGACUACGACAAGUCGUGCCACCUGCGGCAGGCCGAGGAGCAGCCGGAGCACCUGGACGGGCCCUACGAUCCCAACAGCGUGCGCAUCAGCUUCGCCAAGGGCUGGGGGCCCUGCUACUCGCGCCAGUUCAUCACCUCCUGCCCCUGCUGGCUUGAGAUCCUGCUCAACAACAGAUAGCAAACAGACACACUCACACACACACACACACACACGCGCACACACACACACACACACACACACACACACACACACACACACACACACACACACACACACACACACACACACACACACACACACACACACACACACACACACACACACACACAACCAGUGAUGGGUAACCUGGAUUACUCUGUUUUACUAUCUAGUGCCACAUAUUCCAAAUGACCCGGUUGUAGCUGUCCAAUUCCACCAAGUGAUUGCCUGGUUGAAUGGCAACCUGAUUAAAUUGGACAAGGAAACCAGGACCCCGUUUCUCGAAAGCAUCAUUGCUAACCAGUCAGCAACUUACUAGGUUUGCAAUGAGAAAUUGCAUUGCAACCAAGUAAGUUGCUAGCUUAGUUAGCAACGAUGUUGUCGAGAAACGCACCCCAGGUAAUUUGGAAAUAGAUGGCCCUGGAUUGCAAACUAAUGAAUGUAGGGUGCCCUUCACCGCCCAUAACACUAUCCCACAAAAAUGUAUAAUCUACCUAGAUUUAAUAUAAAGUUUUAUAUAUAUAAACAUAUAUAUAUUAUGAGAACUAUAUUACACUUGUAAAUAAUGAGUCUUUUUACAGAAAAAAACAAAAACAAAACAAGUGAUUAUUUAUGUAUGGUGCAAUGUGUAUAUGGAUGAAGUUAAGAGAAACCAGAUUAAUGCACUUUUGAUUCUCUAUAUUUGACCUGAUAUAGAGUCUCUCUCAAUGCCAUUUUGAGAAGUCACUCAAAAGUAAACGAAGAUAUAAAAAACCUGGUUUUGGUGUAUAGUUUUUGUAUACUAUCAAUGCCCAGACAAAAAAGCUAAGGCCAUUCACACAUUGAUAAUAAAGUAUUCAUAUAAGAUUGAA